UUGGCAUUUAUUGGUUACAGAGACAAUUUACAACUGCUAAGGCAGCGGUAUUAUUAUGCUACAUGGAAAGCUGAUGGCACAAGAUAUAUGCUGCUCCUUUGUCCUGAUGGGGCUUACCUAGUUGAUAGAAGCUUUAAAUUUCGGAGGGUCCAGAUGCGUUUUCCAUGUAAAAACAUGACAGAUCUUCACCAGUAUACUUUGCUUGAUGGAGAAAUGGUUAUUGAUACUAUAAAUCCCCAGAGGCAAGAGAGGAGAUACCUGAUCUAUGAUUUGAUUGCUAUUAAUCGUGUGUCCCUUGCUGAGAGGCCUUUUUAUGAGCGUUGGAAACUGAUUGAGAAAGAGGUUGUUGAGCCACGUAAUCAAGAGCGGCGGAAUAUGGACACAAAUGGCAAACCACUUUACAGAUAUGAUCUAGAACCAUUCAGGGUUAGAAGGAAGGACUUUUGGUUGCUAUCAACAGUUGGGAAGCUUUUGAAGGAAUUUAUCCCUAACCUUUCACAUGAAGCUGAUGGUCUUGUUUUUCAGGGGUGGGAUGAUCCCUACGUUCCCAAGACGCAUCAAGGCCUCUUAAAGUGGAAAUAUCCUGAAAUGAACUCAGUUGAUUUUCUCUUUGAGAUAGGAGAAGACGGCACUGAAAACCUUUAUCUUUACGAUCGAGGAAAAAAGCGAUUGAUGGACAAUAACAGGGUUACAUUUGGAGAUGAUGUGGAUCCCUCUACCUACUCUGGUAAGAUUGUCGAAUGCUCGUUUGAUUCCGAGGAAAACAUCUGGGUUUGCAUGCGAGUCAGGAUUGAUAAGAACACUCCAAAUGAAUUCAACACCUACAGGAAGGUUAUGAAAAGUAUAAAGGACAAUAUAACUGAGGAGGUGCUGUUAAACGAGAUAGGAGAGAUCAUUCGCUUACCUAUGUAUGCUGAUAGGAUUCAAAGUGAUAGCAGAGCCAUGAAGAAAGGGAAGCCGCCACCACAGAGAAGGUGAAUUGGAAAUUUGUGUUGCCAGCAAUGGUUAUUUAAUUUGGAUGACCUCGCAGCAAUUGUUUGUGUAAUUAGGCAUAUUGGUAGCUUGUAUUUUAUUAUUACAUAAUUGUUAGUUGAGGGAUUGAAUCUUCGUAGGUAGUUAGAAGAUGUAGUCCUUAAAAAAAUUAGAUGUAGUAAUAGGUUAUUUGUGUAUAUUGUCAUCAUAAGCUCUCUUAUCUUCUCUCUCCGUGUUCCGCGACUCCUGUCUAAAUAACGUCUUUCUUUUA